AUGUCCAAGCAAUACGACAUUGCCAACUACAGUGCACAACGCGAUCUUGACAGCGAGGCACUCGUGUGGGACGCGAAUUGCGUAGUCGAUGAACAGAUCUGCAUAUCUGAGUCAGUGCUCUACAAUCUUAGUGUUACGUUUCCGCGAGGCCUUCAGACAGUGUAUUAUUCCUUCAGCGAUUCAAAAGCACUGUCAAAAAAGGUCAAUUCUUUCGGGGCAGAAUCAUAUCUAAAGAUUGAUCUUCCACCGAAAACGCAAGCAUUUCAAGACUGGUACCAGAAACUAUCAACGAUUAUACCUGUCUCCAAUGAGUGGGCCAUCCUAGAUGCGAUGGGGGCACUCAUCGAGGGCACAUCAUGGAGACGGGACAAUGUGAAGACUAAUCAGUUUGGAGCUUUACUUAAGGGUACCGUCUUCCAUACCACUCGUUUCGACCGCUAUGAGACUGUUGCCGACUUCGACCCCAGACAAUCGCUCAACACCACCGAAGCCAUGCUCAAUGAGGUAUUGGCGAACAUCACGAUAUCAGCUAUCUCACUCGGCACCUGGUGGGACAUGGUACCAGUGACGAGUACCAGAUAUCGCAGUACAUACUUGCUCAGUAACCCGCUUAAUAUCAUCCUUCCAUACAGCAUAUGUCUAGCAGCAGCGACUGUCUUCGUGGCUAUUGGAAUGUGGUCGCUAUGGCGCAAUCGCGCGCCCGCGGUCGAUGGAGGCUUCCUCCAAAUCAUGAUGGCGGCCGUAGGCGAUACGGAAAUGAGCCGAGUUUUACUGGAAGAAAGAGUAGCUACAAUAGAUGACAUGACCGAUGAGUUGAAGAGCUUGGAGAUUUGCUACGGUGGACUGGUGAAUGAAAACACCGCGGUGGCAGAAGGCGAACGAUUGGGGUUUGGCACCAUGAAUGAGACCAUCUCGUUGAGAAAGAAGAGAUGA